UGCCCGGGGCAACGGCCCCCUUUGGCCUGAGUGCUUGGCCUGAGCAUGGCGGCGGCUUCAGUGGAUGGGCACGAUGGAAGAGAAUGGCUUUAGCGAGAAAAGCCAGUCGUCCCACGGGCGACAUUUUAGCCGAUGUCAGUGACAUUUCUCUAGAAGAUUCCAAGAUGGAAGAAAUCGGAAACGUGAAACUCCGUAGUCGUCUUACCAAAAUGGCGCCCAGCCCUAGCAGGUUUCUGAAAAGAAAGCAAAGUGUGGGAGAGAAGCACGUCCUGUCGAAAGAGACGUCCAUGCUGGGGAGUGGGCCCAGGCCCGCCUCAGGUCGACCCCCAACCACCGCUUCGAGGGUCAGAACCAACGCCGUGCUCACAAAGCUGGCCCAGAUCGAGACCAAGAUCAUGACUCGGAAGGCGAACCUGGCCUGGUCUGACACAGACUCGGACCCGAAGACCAGCGGACGCAGCCUGCAGCACACAGCGGGCGACAUGGGACUUCCUUCACGGAGGCAAGACCAGCCUCCCCGGCCACACGUCCGUGAAGUCGCUGACGUGGGGACACCUGCCCCGAGUGAAAGCGUCAGUAGGUUUCUCAAGAAGAAAGAACCGCCCGUUCAGAAUCCCUCCCCUAUUGCACCCGUCGGCCAAGAGAGGGCUAUUCAAGCACCCCGACAGAAAGGACCUGCUCGAAAACUUGCCCCUCCAGACAGUGAUGAAGAAGAGAUGAGAGAGCUGCUGGGAAGCUUGAUGGAAUCUUCCAGAGAGAAGGAAGGAUCUGCGAAGCCGGCUUGCAGCAGCAGUGAAGUCGGCGGGAAAGAGCAGACCAAACCAUUCUCCGAGGCUCAGGCCCCACCAAGAGCCGUCUCUCUACGCAGUGUGGAAUUGCGUGCCUCAGAACCUUCUGGAACGUCCCGCCUGCCAGCCUCACAGUCAGCAGACAAGGCCCUCCGCAGCCUCCGCUCCAGAACUCAGUCCCCGCAGGCUCAGGUGUCCGGCGACACAGCCUCCCGCACGACGCCACUGUCCACGUCUGGCCACUUUUCCAAAUCGGUGUCUUCAAAGAUGGGGCCCGUCAAGCUCGCGUCAUCUCCUGAAAGGAGCGAGGCUGGGCCGAGGGACGGGUCAGUCUCUGAAGCCAGCGAUGACAGCCUGAAUGAUUUUCGAAUCAAUGUUUUGUCUAUCUAGGACUUGGCUCCAGAAGUCAGUGAGAGUUCAAACUUGGAAGAGAAUAAAGAAGGUGCGCAGAGCGGCCAGCCGUCCAGCAGGAGCUCCCGAGCUUCCGCCCGUCCCCAGGAGCGGAGCGCGGCGUCCCGGGGGAAGGCCACCUCGGACAGUGAGGUCUCGGAGCAGCUGAGCGCCAGCUCGGCCUCGGCUGCCCAGCAGGCCUCCCCCACCAGCAGCCGGCCGUCCUCGGAGGCCCGGAUGGUGAGCACUGUGAGCUCCGCGUACUCCGACGAUUUCGAAAACUCUGUGAGCCAGAGCGCGUCUGAGCCGACGGCGCGUUCCGGGGCAUCCCGGGACAGGACCCCGGGCCCAUCUGAACCGUCUUCCAGCCUGAGGUCGAGCCUGGUCACACCCACACCCAGGGCCAGCAGAAAGUGGGGCAGGGACAGGAGGAGGAGAGUCACUGUGAAGGAAACGGCCGUGCAGACCCCGGAUCCCGCCUUUGCCUACCAGUGGGCUGCAGGGGCCGGUGUGGCGGCCAUUGGACCUGCCCUGGGGGCUGCCUACGUGGACCCGGUGCCCAUCGCUAGUCACGUCAUCAGCGCCGACGCGAUAGAAGCCCUGACAGCCUACAGCCCCGCUGUGCUGGCGCUGAACGACCUGCUGAAGCAGCAGCUGAGCCUGACGCAGCAGUUCAUCCAGAGCAGCCGCCACCUGCACGUCGCCCUGCUGCAGUCCCUGGAUGGAGAAGCGUUCCACUACCACACCCUGGAGGAGGCCAAAGAGUACAUUAGGCGGCACAGACCUGCCCCGCUCACCAUGGAGGACGCCCUGGAGGAGGUGAGGAAGGAGCUGUGACUCACCAGGAGGGGAGGCCUGGCUUGAGGUCUGAUGCGACGAGCCGCCCUGCAUCCACGGUCACACACGUCCGUGUCCAGGAGGCCGCCGGGAGUGGACAGUGUGCUCGGCAUGGGUGAGGACAUGGGCCCAGGUCCAGGAAACGGCCCUGUGGAGCAGCUCAGCCGGCCCCAGUGCCCUGUUUGUUACCGAGGACCUGGGACCCAGUCGCAUAUGAGCCACCAGGGCAUGCACCCGAGCCCGGCUCUCGGCCCCGACGCACGUCCGAGGCGAACACGCAGAGGAAGGGGUCUUUAAAAAAAGUCUUUAUUUGAAAGCAAAACAGUAAAAUCCACAAGAAAGUGUUAACAGCACGUGUUUACAUUUUAUCCUGAAUCAGACACGAGGGGACAAGUCACAGCUACAGGAAAUCGAGAACGAAAUCAAAGGCUGCAUCGGGGUCAAACAUCGGGAGGGUUUGGAUCUUAUGGAAAAAGAACUUUUGCUUUAUUAUUAUUAUUUUCAAAAAUGUUUCUGUACAAAGAAAGGGCAUCGCACCCAGCAGGCUGCCCGGGACUCCGGGUGUGGCUCAGCCUGGCGAGGUGCCCCAGUCACUUAGUGGCAUCCGGCAGAGGGCUCCCCUCCCGGCCUCACCCCCUAGGUGGCGGGGCGGGUGGCCGAGUGCCACCCGGUGGAUCUGCGCUCAGGACACAAGGGCAGAGAUGCCCGAGUACAGAUCCCCCACGGGCACCGACCUGGGCCUUUUCGAUGCCUUAGACCCGCCUUCCUAGAACCUUUGUGUCUCCCGAUACCAAAUGGCUAACAUCUGACCAAAAAAAAAAAAAA